AUGCAGGAACUGCUGGGCAGCAGCUGGAGGAAGUUUGGCCAUGCGGGGAGGGGGGCCUACGAGUGGCUCCCCAGCGAAGCGAGCUUGCCUCUUCUGGACACCCAGCUGCAGGGAACCCAGAAAGUGAGCUCCUCGCAAGCCGACGCGGAGCCCUUCCUGUGCAUCCUUCUCCCCGCCACCGUCCUGCUCUUCCUGGCCUUCCUGCUGCUGUUCCUGUACCGCCGCUGCCAGGCCCCCCGUGCGCAGGCCCAGGGGCUCAGCAUGGACCUCCCAGAGCACCUGGCCCCCGGGGAGGUGACCGACUUCCUGCCCGGCCUCCCCUGGGGCAGCGAGCAGAGCAUCCCCUACUCCCCCCUACCGGCCCAGCGGGUCCUGCCCUGUGCCUCUGUGGGCCUGCCACCCUCCUAUGAAGAGGCCACCAGGGCCCCCCCUGCAGAAGAGGCCUCCAGUGUGGCCCCUCAGUACCAAGAAGGGUCACCUUGA